UUUUUUAUGCACAGUAUUUCCAAUUGAUGCAAAAAGUUUCAGAUCAAAACCCGUUUAAAUUUGAGAUUUCUCAAACUUUGAGUGAUACCGAUGAAAGUGGAGCUGAAACUGAAAAUUUUCUUGUGGAUGCUAUAGAAUCUUCUGAUUCCCCUCUACUUGGCAAUGAAACUGCACGAGAUGAAAAGUAUUUUGGAAAGAGAAGAAAAAUUGCGUCAUGGAGUAUAGCUCUUGUGUGCAUAGGUGUGCUAGGUCUUGCUUCAGCAGCUUCGGCUGAGCGUCUUCCAAGUUUUCCUCGGUUCACUAUAUGUGGUGUCAGUGCCGUCAUCUUGCUUGGCAGUUUGAUUACUCUUGGCUACAUCGACGAGGAUGAAGAAAGGCACAACUUUGGACACAAAGGAGGGUUUCUCUGCCCAUUCGUCCCAUACCUUCCAGUUCUUUGCAUAUUGAUCAACACCUACUUGAUCAUCAACAUUGGAGCUGGGACAUGGAUCAGGGUCUUGGUAUGGCUACUUAUUGGAAGCAUGAUCUAUCUCUUCUAUGGCCGAUCUCACAGCUUACUGAACAAUGCGGUUUGCGUUCCAAGGACGACUUGUACCAGAAAAACAACAGAUCAUCUUGCUUAAGAUUGGUGGUUCAAUGCAGCAGCUGAAGGGAGUCGAGCUCAAGCUUUGUUGUUGCUGAAGUAGCAUCGAAAGAGAAUUAAACAGUUUGGCACAAGAUUAAAAUACAUACAAGAACAUUUCAUGUACAUUGUUUAGUCAUUCAAAACGUAUAAUGUCAUUUUUGUCCCAACGUACAUUGGACUUUGAAGUAGUCCAUUUAAAAACUCUCAUGAAUCA